GAGCGCCGGCACAACUGUAUAUAUUCUCCCUUCACCUCACGGAGAUGGCGGUCGGCAACGGGGAUCCAACGUGCUCGUGAGGUCAUUUUCACGAUUACUAUUAUUAUUAUUAUUUUGUUUUUUUUGCAAAGAGCUCGUUCUUGCUGCUUCUGUUUCGCGUUCCUGAAUUUUCGGCAUCCUAGUAGAGGUGGGAGAUUUGAGGGAUAGUUGAAAAGCAUGGUUGGGAGGAUGCCAGGGCUAAUUGUGCUGUUUGAUGUUGAUGGUACCCUCACGGCUCCCAGGAAGGCAAUAACUCUAAAGAUGCUAGAAUUUAUGCAAGACCUACGGAAGGUAGUUACAGUUGGUGUUGUUGGAGGGUCUGAUCUGGUUAAAAUAUCAGAGCAGCUUGGAAAGUCAGUUAUCACUGACUAUGAUUAUGUCUUUGCUGAAAAUGGCCUUGUUGCUUACAAAAAUGGUGAACUUAUUGGCAAACAGAACUUGAAAUCUUUUCUUGGUGAAGAAAAACUCAAGGAAAUUAUUAAUUUCACGCUGCAUUACAUUGCUGACCUCGAUAUUCCAAUAAAAAGGGGAACGUUUAUAGAGUUCAGAAGUGGAAUGCUAAAUGUUUCUCCAAUAGGACGCAACUGUAGUCAAGAGGAACGUGAUGAUUUUGAGAUAUAUGAUAAAGUUCACAACAUCCGGUCAAAAAUGGUCUCCGUACUUCGCGAAAAGUUUGAACAUUUACAUCUCACGUUUUCUAUCGGGGGACAGAUAAGUUUUGAUGUAUUCCCCAAAAGAUGGGAUAAGACUUACUGUUUACGAUACCUCGAAGAUUUUCCUGAAAUCCACUUCUUUGGUGACAAAACAUACAAGGGCGGAAAUGACUAUGAGAUUUACGAAUCUGAAAGGACAGUGGGCCAUACAGUAAUCAGCCCUGAGGACACAGUUGAGCAGUGCAAAGUCCACUUCCUAGCAAAGCAAGCUGGUGACGCCUAAGUUAUUGAUGGGAGUUAUUAUUCCCUGGUUUGGUUCUUCUGAUUUGUGCCAUUGAGUCCAUUCUUAGUUAUUUUAAAUAAUUUGGUCUAUGAUGGCCACUGCAUGCCUAUCUUUUUUACUGUAAUAUGUCAUAAAACAUGUUACUAUUAUUAUUAUUAUUAGUGGUGGUUAAUUCA